GGAUGAGACCUGAGGUCGCUUACUCGCAUGCUCUUGCGCAUGCGCCCUGCGGCGCGGCGGCCUGCUGCAGUAGACGUGGAAGUGGAUCCUGGCGGCCUUUGCGCUCUUCGGCCUGGACGCCUGUUGCCGGCUCUACAGGCGACGCUCGGCCGCGAAGCUCGAAGCAGUCCAGCUGCACGGCGUAUCUGCAGGUUUCAAGGCCGAUGCGGGGGCGCCUGAUGCGGCUCCGGGUUCUCCUGGCCCCUUUCCUCCCCCCAGCGAUGACCCGUACCGAGACUCAGUCGUGGAACUGCGACUCGCCAAGAGGGGAUGCUCGCCAGGCCGGGACAGUAUGUGCUACUCAACUGCCCGAAGAUAUCGCUGUUGGAGUGGCAUCCAUUCACAGUAACAUCGUGUUCAAAAGGUGGGGACAACACAUUCACGCUACACUUGACUACGAACGGCGACUGGACAGGUGUGCUGCGAACGAAGCUCGUCGCUCCGAAAGCUUCCAAAAAAAGCGACAAGCCAGCCUAUCCGAAAUUGUACGUGGACGGCCCUUUCUGUAGCAGGUCCGAACGGAUAGGACGCAGCGCCAUCACUAUUUGCAUCGCCGGUGGCAUAGGAAUUACUCCCUUUGUUUCGUUCUUCAAUCACAUAAUCUCUUCGAAGAACGUGCUGCGAGUUGAACGCCUCCACUUAGUUUGGGUCAGCAGAAGCAUCAGCAUGUUCACCACCUUCGCGGAUCACCUGACCAACCUUCAUUACGAGAUGUGGAGACAAAACUUGCCUGAUUUUUUCACUAUGCACCUUUACGUGACGCAAGGUAACCCACACGAGACUAUGUCGAAUGAAUUUUGGCAGAAGUACCAAUUACUUGCGAACCGAAUACGUGUGGGAAGACCAGAUUGGUCACGUCUGUUUCGUGAGUGGCAGACGGUAUACCAAAGGCAAAAGGUUGCCGUGUUUUCGUGCGGACCGGCUUCACUCAACAAGGAAAUCAAGAAGCACUGUCACAUCGCCACCCUGGCGGGGCACAAGUUCUCGUUCUACAAGGAGAGCUUCGCCUGAGACUCUCGUAUCCGCGAGCGGGACAAGCCGAACGAGAACGUCUUACGUGCUGCCGGCUGCACUUCCCAGUCAUUGCUUGUGAUACUCGCUGUUUGCGCUGUGCUGUCUUUAGAAGUGACCUGAACCUCGAUCACCGGAAACUCAAACCUAUUGUGAAUCGGACUGUCACGGGAACGACGCUCAGCAAGUGCCUCUGCAAGUGAAUGUUUGCAUCGGUGAUGCAACGGGUCCUUUGUCUCGAUGAGAGAGGACUUCCGGGUCGCUUGACCUUUCCUUCAGAGACGUUCUGUUAUUUGUUGUUGACUGCUGUGUUGUGCCUGAUAUCAACUGCUCCGUUUAUUUAUUUGUUAGUUGAUGUUAUUUACCGGCAACGCGCCCCCGCUAAUACGCGUUUAAGAUUACGUUUAUUUUAGCGCGAGAGAGUUCCUUCUGUUGUCUCACUACCAGAGCCACGUUGUUUUUUUUUUCUUUGACGAAUAAAAUUAAGUCCUAGACUUGAGACAUGUUGUUUGCA